AGUAGAAAGUUCUGCAGCAGCUUCAUCAGCUAUGGAUGCUCCCUUAUUGAGUGACACCGUUAAAGGUGCCGUCGAUUACAAAGGCAGCCCGGCGAUUCGAUCCGAAACCGGAAAAUGGAGAUCUGCUAUUUUCAUCAUUGGAGUGGAGAUAGCAGAGAGGUUUUCUUAUUAUGGGAUUGCUUCCAACCUGAUAACCUACCUGACCGGGCCGCUGCAGCAGUCAACGGUGACUGCCGCCGUGAACGUGAACACUUGGUCAGGUGUGGCAGCCAUGCUCCCUCUCUUGGGAGCUUUUGUUGCGGAUGCUUAUCUUGGGCGAUAUCGGACUAUCCUCUUCGCUUCUCUUCUCUAUGUUUUGGGAUUGGGGUUGUUAACAUUAUCAGCAGUGCUUCCUCCUUUCAAUCCAACUAAUUGUCACCACAGCAGUAACACAACCUCUUGUCAUCCACCUCAGUUUCAAAUCAUCUUCUUUUUCUGUUCUCUAUAUUUGGUUGCACUAGCACAAGGUGGUCACAAACCAUGUGUACAAGCUUUUGGUGGAGAUCAAUUUGAUGGAACAAAUCAAGAAGAAAAUAAGUCCAAGAGCUCUUUCUUUAACUGGUGGUAUUUCGGAAUGUGUAGUGGUAUGGUGUGUACACAUGUGAUCUUAAACUACAUUCAAGAUAAUAUGAGUUGGGGUCUUGGAUUUGGAAUUCCAUGUGUUUGUAUGGUAGCUGCACUUGUUGUGUUCUUGCGUGGAACUAAGACUUAUCGUUACAGUAGUUUCAGAGAUGAUAAUGAUAAUCCAUUUGGAAGAAUUGGAAGAGUGUUUGUUGCAGCUGUGAGGAAUUGGAGAGCCAGUCCUCCUCCUCCCCCAGUAUGUGUAGCCAGUGCUGUUGAUGAUGAGGAACAGGGAAAGAGUAUUGUUCUCCUACAUGCUGGUACUAGCCAAUUCAGGUUUCUUGACAAGGCAUUGGUUGCUACAUCUGAAGAUUGCAAGAAAGGUUGGCAAGUGUGCAGUGUUAAUCAAGUGGAAGAAGCAAAGGCAUUACUAAGAUUGGUUCCAAUAUGGGCUACAUGUUUGGUAUAUGCAAUUUUGUAUUCACAAACCUCUACUUUCUUCACCAAGCAAGGAGCUACCAUGGACAGAAAAAUAGGUUCAAAUUUCCAAAUACCACCUGGUUCUCUUCAAACCUUCAUUAGCCUUUCAGUUGUUCUUUUCAUACCCAUCUAUGUUCAUGUCCUCAUUCCAAUCGUGCGAUCUCUUACUCGAAAACAUUCUGGCAUUACAUUGCUUCAAAGAAUAGGAAUUGGAAUGGUUUUCUCUAUAAUCUCUAUGGCGGUAGCAGCAAUAGUUGAGAAGAAAAGACUUCAAACUGCUAUUGAUUACAAGAUAGUGGAUAUACCAAAAGCAAUAGUUCCUAUGAGUAUUUGGUGGUUGGUUCCUCAAUAUAUCUUUUUUGGAAUUGCUGACGCCUUCACCAUGGUUGGUCUACAAGAAUUUUUCUAUGAUGAGAUGCCUGAUGGGUUGAGGAGUGUUGGUCUUGCCCUUUAUCUCAGCAUUUUUGGUGUAGGAAGCUUUUUAAGUAGCUUCCUUGUCUCUGCAAUUGAGAAGGUAACUGGUGGGGAUGGUAAGGAUAGUUGGUUUUCAAACAAUCUUAAUAGAGGUCACCUUGAUUACUUUUAUUGGCUUCUUGCUGGUCUAUGUGGUGUAGGGUUGGUUGUUUAUUUGUAUUUUGCCAAAUCUUAUGUCUACAACAGGGCAAGCAGAAUUUAAGCCUAUGAGCCCUUUGAAGGGACAUUUAUCCUAGUAUAGUUGUUCUUAAUUAGUAGUAUCAGAUGUGUACAUUUAAUGUUAAUAUCACCAUUUGAGAAA